CACGGCAAGACGUGUUAUCAAUGGAACGUGUAUUUUAUAUUCUUUGUUUGUUUUUGUUUUUGAAUACACAAGCCAACUGGGUGGCUGAGUAUGGACCGUUCAAAACUCUUUUAUAUUCAGAUUGGAUCACAUGUGACCACAGCAAGAACUCGGAGUUAAACGUAACUGCCACAGAAGUCUACUUCUACGAUUUCCAAAAUGACUUUAACUACAGCUACACUAUUGACAGCGCAGCCGAAGCCAUCCGCAACGCGUACAACCUAGACGUCACUAGAAGACUCAUUGUUUUCGUACCAGGAUACAAGUCCCAUAUUAUCCGAAACGCACCCGAACUUAUACGAAUGGCAUUUAAAAACGUCCCGAACGUCUAUCUGAUGAUUAUAGAUCACUCAAUCUAUACAUCAGCCCAAGGAGGUCGAUUGAAAAGCUACGAAAGAUCCGUCAAUUACGCAUAUGAUUUGGGAAAAGCAGUGGGACAAUUGCUCACAAAGUUCCGUUUAAUCGGUUUUGAGUCCAAGUACAUGCAUUGCAUCGGACAUAGUUUGGGCAGUCAGAUCCUAGGUUAUGCCGGCUCAACAUACACUAAUAUGACGUUAGAGAAAGUUUGGAGAAUAACGGGAAUCGAUCCAGCGGGUCCUUGCUUUUCCAACUCUUUCGUCGAAAAUCAACUUCGUUCAGGAGUUGCCGAAUACGUGGAGGUUUACCAUUGUAAUGCUGGAGGGCUAGGAACGACCAGUGUAUUGGCAGACACUGAUUUCUUCUUAAAUGAUGGGAAGACCCAACCGCAUUGUGAUGCGAGCUUUUUGACCAGUUUCGGAGAUUCCGAGGCUAGGUGCAGCCACAAAUCGUGUGUUAAAUAUUGGACGGAGACUGUGAGUAAUCCGGGAUGGUAUUUGGCGUGGAAAUGCGAUUCUUAUAAAGCGUUUUCCAAAGGCAAAUGUGCGGCUAAUGAAGUCACUAUAGCCGGUUAUUCUAACCCCGGCAACGCUACAGGUGUUUUUUAUGCUUCCACGGAGACUCACGGUGUGUUUUAAUAUCAUUAAUAGUUACAUAAGCAUUUUAAUAAAUAAGAAAAUUUGUUAAAGUAUAGUAUCCUUACUAAUAUUAUAAACGCAAUAGUUUGUUUGUUUGUUUAGGCUGUAGGCUAAGUAAGGAUUGGUUAAUUUCACACAUUUUUUAAAACAUUAUGGAGAACUCUCAGGCAUGCAGGCUUCCUCACGAUGUUUUUCAUCACUUUUAAUGCAAGUGAGUAUUAAGUUGUUUAAAAAUAUCAUUUAAAUAAUGAAAUAUAUAUAUUAUAAUAUCAAUAAUUACCCUUCACGCCCUAACUAUGCAAUCUAUGUACUUGAUUUUUGGAAUAGAGUUAGUCGAAAGUCCGUUCAAUGAAAACGACACACAACAUUGUAUACACAAGCGUCCACUGUACUGCAAAAUAGUGCACUGUUCUGUAUUCAUGGCCGUUAUUUUAUUCCUCAUGGAAAAGUUUUUCAAAUUACCACGCGAACUAUUGGGUUUAUUAUAGUAGAAACUAAAAAAGAUUUAAUUUUUUUGACUUUCAACUCAGUAGAAAGUUCUUCUAGGGCAUAUGGAUUCUCUAUGAUAUUCUUCUCGUAAUUUACUCUUAACCAGAUUUGGACAUGCGACUGAAAUCCUGGCGUUGAAACUUAUUAGUUAUAUACGGACAUGCUACGAGUAUCUCUACGUGAUCAAAUCAGAAAUGAGGAGAUCCGUAAGAGAACCAGACUUACCGACAUAGCAUCAGUGAGUCGCGAAGCUGGCAAUGGGCAGGGCACAUAGCUCGGAGAACCGAUGGACGUUGGGGUCUAAAGGUGCUGGAAUGGCGCCCCACCACCGGUAAACGCAGCGUUGGUCGGCCCUCAA